AUGGGAGAAGUUAAAGAGAGUGAUUUUGAUGACAAAAAGGAGGAGGAGGAGGAGGAGGAGGGUGUGGUUACUUUUGAGAAAGCUGAAGUAAAGCAAGUCUAUAUGCUAGGUCAUAGUUAUUCUGACAAAAUUUUAGCAUUUGCUGUUGAAAAGUUCAGGGGCAAAAAUUGGAAGAAGAUUGCGGAAUGUGUUCCUGAUAGAACAGAUGUUCAGUGCUUGCACCGUUGGCAGAAGGUUCUCAAUCCUAAUCUGGUCAAAGGAUCCUGGACCAAGGAGGAAGAUGAUCUUAUAAUUGAGCUCGUUGAGAAGCAGGGGAAGAAGAAAUGGGCUGAGAUAGCAAAACACUUGCCAGGCCGUAUAGGCAAAUGGCACAACCAUUUAAAUCCAGAUAUAAAAAGAACUGCAUGGACCAAAGAGGAGGAAUCAACUCUUAUUAGGUGCCAUGGAACGUGUGGGAACAAAUGGGCUGAGAUGGCAAAGUUUCUGCCUGGAAGGACUGAGAAUUCAAUAAAGAAUCAUUGGAACUGUUCCGUAAGUAAGAAAUUGGAAUUAUCUUCAACUCUUCGUUAUGAUAUAUACAAUUUCAAAGUGAAAGCAGAAAGCAGGAACCCUGAGGUGCUGGAACAAAGUUUUGAUAUUGAAAGAAUUCCCGAUACUUGUUCAGAUAAAAAAGAUUGUAGAGUUACGGGAAAAAAGGCAAUUGAUUCAAUCAAACCACCAAAUGGAAUGGUAUUUGAGGAGAAAAGUGCUGCUGUAUGCGACCUGACUGAUGAACACUGCCAAGACAGUGGUGGCACUGCUCAGACAUCCAGAGACUUAAACAUCUUUGCUUAUCAGCCCAAUGAGUUGUGUACUACUACUUCUGCUGAUCUUGAGGCAGAAACAAAGGCUAAGAACACGGAGGAAGAGAUUUGUAGAUUGCAGAAGACAUUGGAGGAAAGGAAUGGACAGCUUGAGGCUUGA